AUGGACCUGAACCUCCUCCAGGCAAAUAUCAACCACUGCGCCAGGGCUCAGGACCUCCUUUUCCAGAGCAUGGCGCAGUGGUCGAUCCACGUAGCCGUGGUAGCUGAGCCCUACCGCGUCCCUUCUGGGGAUAAUUGGGUGGGAGAUACGGACGGUGUUGUAGCCAUGACGUCCCGGUCCAUAGUGGGCUCCCCGGCCUUCGUUAAUGUAGGGCGAGGUCGGGGAUACGUCUCGGCCUUUAUUGACGACGUAAUGGUGGUUGGAGUGUACUUCUCGCCGAGUAAGAGUCUCGCUGACUUCGAGCAGUUUCUUGCCGAAGUCGGCGUCCUGAUAAGCAGAAGACGCUCCGGCCGCGUUCUUGUCGCUGGGGACCUUAAUGCAAAAUCUGUGGCAUGGGGGUGUCCAACGACAAAUCCACGUGGACGAGAGCUGGAGGAAUGGGCGACAGCGUCUGGCCUCACGGUCUUAAACCGAGGGUCGGUAAACACAUGCGUGCGGCAACAGGGCAACGUGGAAGAAGUUGAGGGGGAAGUGGCACGCCUCGGCGUAGCAAUGUCGCAUGUUUGCGACGGGGCCAUGCGGAGAGUACACUCUGUCCCCUCGAAGCGAGCGGUGUAUUGGUGGUCCGAAGAGCUCACGUUGCUGCGCAGAUCUUGCGUGGCGGCGAGACGCCAAUACACUCGUUGCCGCCGGCGGAGAAGACGCAAGCUGAUGGAAGAGGAGCGGCUCUACUCUCUCUACAGGGACGCGGUUAGGUUGCUGCGUACGGCCAUCGGCGUUGCCAAAGAUCUGGCUUAA